AUGCCUCCCAGGGAGGUCCUCAGUACCUCCCAGGAGGUCCUCAAUCACCUCCCAGGAGGUCUUCCUUUCCAGGAGUCUCAGUUCCCAGGAGGGUCCUCAGCACCACCCAGGAGGUCCUCAACUCCCAGGGAGAUCCUCAGUACCUCCCAGGAGGAUCUCCUACUUGGGGGGUCCUCCAGUACCCGAGGAGGUCUCAUGCCACCAGAGGUCUCAGUACCUCCAGGGAGGUCCUCCCCUCCAGGGAGGAUCCUCAGUACCAGGGAGGGUCCUAGCACCACCGGAGGUCCUGAGUACCUCAGGGAGGGUCCUCAGUACCACCAGGGAGGUCCUCAGUACCUCCAGGAGAGUCUCAAGUCACCAGGAGGUCUCGCUCCCAGGAGGUUCCGGUUCAGCACCACGGAGGGUCUCACUUACGGGAGGUCCUCAGUACCUCCCAGGAGGUCCUCAGUACCUCCAGAGGUGUCACCGGAGGUAGUCCUCAGGAGGUCCUACCUCAGGAGGUCUCAGCACCACCAGGGAGAUCCUCAGUACUCCCAGGAGGAUCUCAGUACUCAGGGGAGGUCCUGCACACCCAGGAUCCUCAACACACCCGGAGGUCUCGCACCAGGAGGUUCGCUCCAGGGAGGUUCUCUCCCAGGAGGUCCUCAACAGCAGGUCUCAGUGCCUCCCAGAGAGUCUCCAGCACCACCCAGGAGGUCCUCCAGUACUCCAGGGAGGAUCCUCAAUCCCAGGAGGUCCUCAGCACCACCCAGGGAGGAUCUUCAGAGUCUCCCUGGAGGUCCUCAAUCCCGGAGGUCCUCCCAGCACCCAGGAGGUCCUCAGUACCUCCCAGGAGGGUCUCAGUACCUUCCCAGGGAGGUCCUCAGCACCACAGGAGGUCCUCAAGCACCAGGAGGUCCUCACCCCAGGGAGGAUCGUACCUCCCGGGAGGUCUCCUCAGACCUCCCAGGGAGGAUCCUCAGUCCUCAGGAGGUCUCAACACCCCAGGGAGGGUCCUCCAGCACCACAGGGAGGAUCCCCAGGCUCCCCAGGAGGUCCUCAGUACCUCCAGGAGGUCCUCAGUACUCAGAGGAGGUCUCCACCCAGGGAGGUCUCACCUCAGGAGGUCCUCAGCACCACCCAGGAGUAGUCCAGGUCUUUCAGGGAGGGUCCUCAGCACCACCCAGGAGGUCCUCAGCACCACCAGGGUCAGGAUCCUCAGUACCUCCAGGAGGAUCCUCAGCACCUCCCAGGGAGUCCUCGCCUCAGGGAGGUCCUCAGCACCAUCAGGAGGGUCUCCAUCACCAGGAGGUCUCAGCCCCACCCAGGGAGGGUCCUCAUCACCACCCAGGAGGUCUCCCAGUACCUCCCAGGAGGUCUUCAGCCCUCAGAGGUCACCUCCAGGAGACCUCAGCACCACCAGGGAGGUCCUCAUUACCCCAGGGAGGGUCUCAGCACAGGAGGGUCUCAAGUACCUCCCAGGGUCCUCAGUAUCCCAGGAGGUCUCCCAGCACCCAGGGAGGUCUGCUCCACCAGGUCCUCAGCACCACAGAGGUCUCCUCCUCCAGGAGGUCUCAUCCCACCAGGGAGGUCCUCAUCACCACAGGGGGCCUCAGCACCACGGGGAGGUCCUCAGCACCACCCAGGAGGUCUCCACAUCCUGCACCCCAGGAAGUCUCAUCACCCACCCAGGAGGAUUCCAACACAAGGAGUCUCCCGCUGCCAGGAGGUCCUCAUCCUACCAGGAGGUCCUCCUUCCCACCCAGGGAGGUCCUCAGCACCACAGGGAGGUCCUCAUCACCACCAGGGGUCUCAGCACCCCAGGGGUUCCUCAGUCCUCCCAGGACAGGAGGGUCCUCAGCAACAGGGAUUCAGCACCAGAGGUCCUCAGCACCACCAGGGAGGUCCUCAGUACCUCCCAGGCGGGGUCCUCAGCACCACCCAGGGAGGUCUCAGCACCGGAGGGUCUCAGCACCGGAGGGUCCCGGGGUCUCAGCACCACCAGGGGGUCCUCAGCACCACCAGGAGGGUCUCCAACACAGGAGGUCCUCAGCACAGUCCACCAGGAGGUCCUCCCCAGGAGGUCCUCAGCACAGAGAGAGGUCUCCUUUCCUCAAGCUCCAUCCAGGAGGGUCCUCAGUACCACCGAGGAGGUCCUCGUACCACAGGGUCUCAGCACCAACCAGGGAGGUCCUCAAUACCACCCAGGAAGGGUCUCCCAGCACCACAGGGAGGUCCUCAGCAACAGGAGACCUCAAGGAGGGUCUCAGCACCACCCAGGAGGUCCUUCAGCACCACAUGGAGGUCCUCAGCACCACCAGGGAGUCCUGCACCAGGGAGGGUCUCAGCACCUCCCAGGAGGUCUCAGUACCUCCCAGGAGGUCUCCUGUUCAGAUCCUAGCACCAUCCAGGGGGGUCCUCAGUACACCCAUGGAGGAGGGGUCCUCAAGCACCACCCAGGAGGGUCUCAGUACCUCCCAGGGAGGUCCUCAGCACCACCAGGGAGGGUCCUCAGCAUCACUCAGGGAGGGUCCUCAGUACCUUCCAGGGAGGGUCCCCAGCAUCAUUCAGGGAGGGUCCUCUGCAUCACCCAGGGAGAGUCCUCAUUACCUCCCAGGGAGGGUCCUCAGCAUCACUCAGGGAGGGUCCUCUGCAUCACCCAGGGAGGUCCUCAGCACCUCCCAGGGAGGGUCCUCAGCACCUCCCAGGGAGGGUCCUCAGUACCUCCCAGGGACCAGACUGGACCACACUUCCCUAUCACCUACACGCUUUAGUCCGCUACAGCUAAGGGACGCCACAGGAGGGUCGGAAGCAUACAAAAGUUCGGGCGGAGUCUGA